GUUACCGAUUACACUAGAUGGAAAAAAUGAAAACUUCAAGGAUAUUGAAAUAAUAAGUAAAAGCACGUACGAUAUCUGGUGGAGAAUAGGUUCUAAAGUUUAAUUCCUUUACAAUAACAUUUUCCACAACAAAAAUCGUCAGAAAUGUUUCAAGAUGUCUCACUACAAUUUACGUUCUCGCCUAUCAGCCACUCUACCGCCACAGUUGACGCCGCCAACAUCCCCACCUGACGAGUCGACAGUUCCGGAGCAACCACUUCAACCAUCAACUACCAUAUCAAAACAAGACACUCCAAAAUCAUCAAGCAGACGCCUUCCGCACCUGGCCACUCUCCAGCAGACGGGGAACGACCGGCGAGAAACUUCCAUACCGCACAGACUUCGGACCCAAGAGGCGCACACGACAAUACAUCAUUCAUAUAAAUAUAGUGUGUAUUUCAUAAUUGUGUUCUUAAAUUUGUAUUUUCAUUGAUACUCUAUUGUAUAUAUAAUAUCAUUUUAUCGUUACAUUUUUGGUUCCCU